AUGAAUGUUUAUGAGCACAUUAUUAGUAAUGGAUUUCUAAAAGGAUAUGUUACUUGGAUCUUUCAUGGUGAACAAGUUGGCCCAUCUAGUUCUUUAGAUACAUCCCAAGUGGAAGGGGAGUUUGAUCAUGACAUGGAUACAUUGGUUCAUGAUGCAUUCACAAUGCAUGCAACUAAUGAGAGUAAUGACACAGAUAUAAAUAUGGAGGAUGGAGAUUCUAGAGAAUUUAUGAAUGGACCUAGUGUUCAACAAUCUGAAGACAAUAAUAAUUCAGAAAAGUUCUAUCAGAUGUUAAGGGAGGCAGAGCAAAGUCUUUAUAAAGAGCUGUUAAGGGAUGCAUUACCAGAGGAAAAUACUUUGCCCAAAUCAUUUUAUGAUACAAAGAAGAUUAUUUCAGGGUUGGGUCUAUCUUAUGAAAAAAUUCAUGUUUGUCCCAAUGAAUGCAUAUUGUAUAGGAAGGAUUUGGCUGAUGCUGAAAUUUGCCCUAAAUGCAAUUUGUCAAGAUGGAAAUAUAACUCUGAUGAUCAUGAGGUUGGUCGAACUAAAGAUGGACUCCUGAGGCAUCCAGCUGAUUCAUUUGCCUGGAAGAAUUUUGAUUGUCAGUAUCCUGAUUUUGCUUGUGACGCUCGUAAUGUUCGACUAGGUUUGGCUACCGAUGGUUUUAAUCCUUUCAAAACUAUGGCAAUUUCCCAUAGCACUUGGCCUGUUAUCUUGAUUCCGUACAAUCUUCCUCCAUGGAUGUGUAUGAAGCAACCUAAUUUUAUACUUUCAUUGCUUAUUCCUGGUCCAAAAGGUCCAGGUAUGAACCUUGAUGUUUAUAUGCAGCCUCUUGUGGAAGAAUUAAAGGAAUUAUGGGAAAUUGGGGUAAAAAUGUUUGAUGCAUGUAAAAAAGAGUCAUUCCAAAUGCGUGCUGCAAUUAUGUGGACUAUUAAUGAUUUUCCUGCUUAUGCAAAUUUGUCUGGUUGGAGCACUAGAGGCCAAUAUGCUUGUCCAUGUUGUGGUUUUGAGAUUGGCUCAAAGUGGUUGCGUUAUGGUAGAAAGUUUUGCUAUAUGUGUCAUCGUCGUUGGUUAGAGCCCGAUCAUAAGUGGAGAUACAAUAAAAGAGAUUUUGAUGGAACCCAGGAGUUUAGAGCUCCACCUGAUCUACCUAGUGGAGCUUUUUCUUUGAGACAAAUGGAAUAUCAUGGAGUUGGGGAUUGGUCACCAUGGAAAAAGAGAAGUAUUUUGUUCACAUUGCCUUAUUGGCAACAUAGUGUGCUCCGUCAUAAUCUUGAUGUUAUGCACAUAGAAAAGAAUGUGUGUGAUAACAUUAUUGGGAUGUUGUUACAAUUAGAAGGAGUUGUGUGGCAAGGUGCUUAA